UUGAGUCUUGUGGGGUUGUAAUUGGCAGUAUCCAUCCUGGAAGUGUAAUCAUAUUAGGAUUUUGUUAUUCCUUAGGCGUUUUGAGGGAGUUGAUGCAGUGGACCACCCCAGACCUGUAGGAGGGAUCUGGUCCAAUGUUGGUUGCUGAUGUUCUUUCUUUUCAUUGUUGGUUGUUUAGUUUCUUUGUCUGACCAGCCCAAUCUUUGUCCUUAUUAUUUUUUUUAUUUAGUUUCAUUUAUUAAUUUAUAUUUUCUUGGCAGCUGAUGCAAGGUCCGCUUCUCUCCUACUUCUCCUUGACCUGAGCGCUGCAUUUGACACUGUGGAUCACACUAUCCUCUUAUGUUGUGUUCACACCAAACGCGAAGCAAAUUUUCGCCUUGCGUUACUCAUGCAAGAUUGAAAGCAGAAACAUAUGUUUUUAUUCGCGUAAUUUGCGCAAGUUUGGCUGCGGAAUCAUUUGUGCUUAUUCUCCCCAAACAGCCAGUGAUGUUACUGAAGCUCAGCCUGCCUGCCACCUCAGUCCUCCUGCUAACAACAUUCAUACCGAUACUUCAUCUCUGUUCAUUUUGCUGUGAUAAACUGCAUUAACCCACAAAACUCCCCCCACAAAUCAGUUUAUUUACUUCACUUCCCAGACGACAACUACAGACCUUAAAGUGGUAUGAACCCAAAAUAAAUAAAUAAAAAAAUAAUUGCAAUAAACAAAUCAAAAGGAUGCCGCAAUUACUACAACAUGAUGCCGAUUUGUACAAAGUCUAAAUUUAUCCUUUGUCAGGUCUGUCCACAAGACGACAAGCAAACAACUUUCAAAAUGCUUAUUUUCUGAAUGGAGUUCCGAUCGAUCAGUUAUGCUUUGUCAAUAUUGUAGCUGCUCCAUCCACACAAAGUAAUGUCAUCUAAAGGCAUAAAUACAGCAGCGACACGUUUAAACACAUAGAUAUCUACUAGUUUAAAUUUAAAAUUAUGUAAAGUCACCGGCAUUUAGUAGGUUGUUAUUGAUGAUAGCAGCCGGGGGGGGGGUGUGUGUGACUCUGGUGUUAGCUCCAGUUAGGUUGAGAUGCAAGACUGAAGAUAAAUCAGUUUAAAAGUUAAAAAAAUAAACUCCUCCCGCCGGUAAACGGUGUGUGUGAAGUGGUCGUGGGGGGCAGUGGGGGAGAGUGGGGGACAGAGGAGGACGGGUGUCUGCUGUCCUCCUCAGGGCGAGAUCUCUUACAUCAAUGUAAUGUACGUCAUUGUUUUUAUGCUAAUCUAUGAUUGGCCAAGACACGUAAAAUGAUGUUCCAAAGGAGGCUGUCCUCCCUAACCAAUCAACAACCAGAAUGCGAUAUUGACAUCGCAUUGGUUUCGUCAUCUAAUUAUAGGGAAACCCACUUCAAGAAAUACAAGAUCUUGAAAAGAGUCGGAGAGGGCAGCUUUGGACAUGUAUUCAAAUGCGUCCACACAGAAACUGAACAGAUUGUUGCCAUUAAAGAAAAGUGUUGGGCUUUGGACAAUGAGGCAUGUAUCCUAAAAAAAAUGAUGGAAAAAAAGCUUGACAAAUGUAAUAUUGUCAAGUUCUGUGAUGGAUUUUUGGGGAACCGAUGUCUUGUCUUUGAGAACUUAGAUAUCACCCUGGAGGGGUUCCUCUCAGAAAUAAAGACCGCCAUGCGUCUCCAAGAUGUCAGAACAAUCAUCCAACAGAUGGCCGUAGCAUUUGAUGCCCUGAAGAGCAUCGGAGUGAUCCACACCGAUGUUCGCACCAAUAACAUCAUGCUGGUGGAUCGUGUCAGACCAUUCCGGGUGAAGCUGAUUGGUUUUGACAUGGCUAUUCCCAGCCACAAAGCCAAGAAGAGCAUGGUUGAUCAUGGCAGUUUCUACAGAGCUCCAGAAAUUAUGUUGGGAUUACCAUUUUCUGAGGCCAUUGACAUGUGGUCGCUGGGCUGUGUGAUGGCAGAAAUGGUUGUGGGCUCAACACUGUUCCCGGGGAGGAGUGACCAUGAGACGCUACGGUAUAUCAUUGACAUCCUGGGUCCGCGACCAGACCACAUUAUUAAGGAAGGAAGGAAAUCAAGGGAAUACUUCCAGUCGGAUUCCCAACAAUGGAGGCUCACGGAAUUCUCGGUAUGGUGUAAGACUGAUGACAGGUCCUACUCAUUCCGGUCCCUGGAUGAAAUAAUAAAGAUGUGUCUGAAGAAAGUUAGAAGAUCAAGGGAGUGCAUCAACCUGUUAAAGGCCAUGUUCCCGUGGGAUGGGAGGGAGAGGAUUACCCCCAACAAAGAACUCACCCAUCCGUUUAUUACCAGGAGCUACCGUAACAAAUAUGGGCAUGUCAAAAAAACUCUGGAGACUGCAUCAAAUGAACCCGGCCCAACAGACACACCCAGCAAGAACCAGGAAGCUGAACCUGAAAGCAACGAGGUAGCCGAACCCAACUUGAACCAGGAAGCUGAACCUGGAACCAAUGAGGUAGACGAACCCAGCAUGAACCAGGAAGCUGAACCCGGAACCAAUGAGGUAGACGAACCCAGCAUGGAGGGAGAUGAUGAGAUGGAUUCUGGGGUAAUGUACGCCGCACAGUGCCAACAGGUGUCAUCAUGGUUCAGCCUCUACCUCCUGCAUUCAGUCUUCCACCGGUGGAGCUGAUAUCCUGUUUGCGAGAGGCACAGGCUGAACCUGGAACCAACGAGGAAGAGGAGGGAUACUGGAGUGCUAUAUGCCGCAUAGCGCCAUCAGGCGUCCUUAUGGUUCAGCCAUGUUGUGCUUGUGCUCCGGUUCCCGCUCCCGACCCCACCCCCGCUCCCGCCCCCGCUCAUGCUCCGGCUCCUGGCACUGUUCUGGAUGACACCAAUAACCUGGAUAGAACAGAUGACAGUGAGCCGAAGAAGAAGAAGAGUAACGGCUUCAAACGUUUCUGCUCCCGGUGGAAGAGGACAUUUUGUUCAUGCUGCUGCGUGAAUGUCGUGGAGGACUGAAGCUCUCUGUGAAGGCUUUAUAGCAAAAACAAUAUAAAGCUUUUGUAGUUCUUUAUAUGGGCAGCAUGGUGGUUUAGUGGCUAGCACUGUGGCCUCACAGCACAAGAUGGCCGUGGUCUUUUCUGUGUGGAGUUUGUAUGUUCUCCCCAUGUCUGCGUGGGUUUUCCACAGGGUGCUCUGGUUUCCUCCCACAGUCCAAAGACAUGCAUUCUAGGUUCAUUGGAGACUCGAAAUUCUCACUAAAUCUGACAUCAUCUGAAAUCUGGAUUCAAUCAAGGUUACAAUCUUGCCACAGAAUAUAAAAUACUAAAUACUGUCAAAAGUUAAACAUUGUUUGAAAAUACAAGAGUCCAGGAAAAAUAGUCAAAAAAUUUCUUCACACAUUUAACAUAUUAAAUAAUCUCACAUCUUAGCAUCUGAUAUCUUCCUUUUUCUGGGCAAAAUACAAGAAAAAAUAAAUCUACAAUAAUAAUUUGUCCAACUUCUUAUGUGUUUCUAUAGGAAUCUGAACUGCAUUAUGUUUGAAAUAAAUCAAAUUCGGAUAUCAAUUUUUAUUUAGUUUUUUUUCCUGGAGCUGCCUUAUAGUGUUGCAAUAUAUAUAUUACUAACUUCCUUACUUGACGGUUAAUUGAACACAGUAGCUUGCAACAACUAACCAUAAUUUCCAAUGAAGUUGCCAGUUAUCAAACCUAUGAAACCCUUUAUGUGCUUUACCCAUUAUUGAUGCUUUCAAAACAUCCCUGACUCCACCCAAGUAAAAUAGGGUCGGAGAAGCUGAUGGAGGAAAUGAAAGAAAGAAAAGGUGAGGAGAGGAGCAGAGGGGACACCUGGUUUAUUUUCCAAACUUGGCUCCAGCUAUGGCUCCUGCUCCAGCUCCAGCUCCAGUUCCUGCCCCCGCUCCGGCUAGCACUCACUCCCACUCCCGCUCCAGUUCCCGCUCUGGCUCCCGCCCUCACUCCGGCUUUAGCACUCACUCAUGCUCCUGUGCCCGUCCUGGCUCCGGCUCCGGCUCCGGCACCCUCCCCCGCCCUCACCUCAGCUCCGGCACUCACUCUGGCUCCAGCUCCGGCUCUAGCACUCACUCCCACUCCCCCUCCCGCUCCCGCUCCAGCUCCUGCUCCAGCUCUGGCUCUAGCACUCACUCCCACUCCCGCCCCCGCCCUGGCUCCGGCUCCGGCUCCUGCUCCGACUCUAGCACACUCCCGCCCCCGCUCCGGCUAGCACUCACUCCCACUCCCGCUCCCGCUCAUGCUCCGGCUCCUGCCACUGUUCUGGAUGACACCAAUAACGCCACAUAGUUAACACACAGUGUGGGAUCGGCCAUCUGUUGACAGCUGUGGCUAAAGUGCAUGUGUGUGAAUGAGUGUAGGUAUGGUAUGUAUCUUACAGUAGCCGACCAUGGGGCCUUCAGUGGUCUCACACACACGUGCGCGCGGCUCUUGCUCCAGCUCUAGCACUCGCUCUCGCUCCCACCCCCUCUCCAGCUCCUGCCCCCGCCCCCGCCCCAGCUCCAGCUCCUGCUCCGGAAUAUUAAUUUAACAUGUUCAAUGUUGUCGUCUUUUGUCUUGCUGAAGUUUACAGACUUUUUGCACCUUAUUUGCGAAGUAUUCCAACUGGGACACGCAGAAGAAACAGGACGCCAACACUUCCACCAACAUACACACAGACAUUCUGCUGUCUGAUUCAUAAACACAGUACAACAGUCCCACAGAGGGCUGAAAAGGAACGACUUCAAGGUAUAGGGUUGGGAGAAAAAUGCCUCACCUUUUGAGGUAAGCAUGUAUCUCACUAGGUUGUGUUGAAAGAUUUGUGGUCACACACCAUACUGGCAGAAAUGAUUGUUUUAAGGUUCUUGUUUUCACAUAUAGAGCUCUACAUGGUCAGACAGCUGUUGUGUACAUCUCUGACCUGCUCCAUCCUUAUAUUACCAGUAGGUCACGUAACUCUUCUGAGCAGAGCUUACUGGUUGUCCCACUUGCACUUGUCUAAAAACACAAGGUGAUCAUGUCUUUGAAGUUGUGGCACCAUCAUUGUGGAACACUGUUCCUAUAGACAUAAGAUCAGCAUCUCUGUUAACACCUUUAAAAAGCAGCUGAAGACUCAUUAAUUCAAACUGGCCUUUGUCUCGCCUCAUAGUGUCUAGUGUUUGUAUUUUGGUCUGUUGUUGCUUGUGUUUUAUUGUUUGUUUCUUUUACUAUAUCUUACAUUAUACUAUUUUGUGGUCUCAUUUCAUUAAUAAUUUUACUCUUGUGACCUUGCUCUGUGCUAUAUUAAAUAAACUUUACUGACUUACUUACAUUGAAGCUUUUAAACCUACAAUCUGCAAUAUUUUUAUGUGAAAAUGUACUUACAUUUUGUUGAAAUGCAAGAAAAAAAAUCAGAAUGGCGGUCAUUAUAUGUUGUCACUCCAAACUGCUCUUAUCCUCCGUAAAUCCCCAUAUCAAAACACACGGUGCUUGAACCAAGCAUUGGUUCCUAUAUGUCAACAUACUGUGUAUAUGCCUAUAAAAUGGAAAGUGGGUAAAAGCACACUAUGCUCAUUAA